CCCGAAUCCAAGUACCUUCGCUGCACCUAUCAGGAGACAUUCGAUCAAUCACGAAAAUAUCAUGAGGCGCACGAACGACGCACGUUAGCAGUGAGCUGCUAUAUUUAAAGGACUUCGAUCCCUCCGGUCUCAUACGAGUAAAGCAAACGCUAGUAAUGCUUCCAUACAGAUCAAAUUCUACCAGCUCAAAACAAACAUUCAUGGGCGAAUAUAUGGCCUCUUCAACUUUCACCGUCGGCGACUACCUCGCUGAGAGGCUCGUGCAGAUCGGUAUCCGGCAUCAUUUCGUCGUCCCCGGCGAUUAUAACCUCAUUCUCCUCGACAAGCUCGGGGGAAAACUCGACCUCUUUGGAAAGCCUGCCCUCACCGAAGUCGGAUGUGCCAACGAACUCAACUGCUCGAUGGCCGCUGAAGGCUACGCCCGUGCCAAUGGCGCUGCAGCAUGCGUCGUGACCUACAGCGUUGGUGCACUCUCAGCAUUCAACGGCACCGGAUCUGCAUACGCAGAAAACCUCCCUCUCAUCCUAAUCAGCGGGUCUCCUAACACCAACGAUGCGGGACAGUUCCAUCUGCUACACCACACGCUCGGGACCAGCGAUUUCACGUACCAGCUGGAAAUGGCCAAGAAAAUCACUUGUUGCGCGGUAGCAAUAGACAGAGCCUCUGACGCACCGCGCCUGAUCGAUCGAGCGCUCCACGCCGCGCUCCAGGCGAAGAAACCAGCCUAUAUUGAGAUCCCGACGAACUUGGCAGGAGCGCCAUGUAUGCGCCCCGGCCCCAUCAGCGCGGUUCUCGAGCCUGUGUCCAGCAAUGCCGCCGUGCUCGCAGCGACGAUUGGUGAGGCAGCAGCCUACUUACAUGGCAAGCAGAAGAUUGCCAUUUUGGUCGGUCCUAAGCUGCGUAGAGCAGGUCCCGAGGCGGAGGAAGCAUUGCUGAAGCUUGCUGAAGCAAUGGGUUGUACAGUUGCUGUACAACCCGCUGCCAAGGGCAUGUUCCCGGAGGAUCAUCCGCAGUACACUGGCGUAUUUUGGGGCCAGGUCAGCACCCUCGCUGCAGAUUCAAUCAUUAAUUGGGCGGAUGCUAUUCUCUGUGUCGGCACCGUCUUCACGGACUACAGCACUGUCGGUUGGACUGCUAUGCCAAGUGUACCUCUCAUGGUCGCCCAGAUGGACCAUGUCACCUUUCCCGGAUCUACCUUUGGACGCGUACGGCUCUGCGACUUCCUGGGCGGCUUGGCAAACCAGGUAGACCGGAAUACUGCCACGAUGGUCGAGUACCAUCGUCUUCGCCCCGAUCCAGUCCUCAUCCAUGUAGCCGGUGAGAACGACGCCCUUAGCCGGAAAGAAAUCCAGAGGCAAGUUCAGCCGAUGUUGGACGCAGACACCACGCUGUUUGUGGAGACCGGAGACUCUUGGUUCAACGGCAUCCAGAUGAAGCUGCCCAAGGGGGCCGACUUCGAGAUCGAAAUGCAAUGGGGCCACAUCGGGUGGUCGAUCCCGGCGUCCUUCGGCUAUGCUCUCUCAAAACCGGAGCGGAAAGUCAUUACCAUGGUCGGUGACGGAUCGUUCCAGGUCACCGCGCAGGAAGUCAGCCAGAUGGUGAGAUGGAAAUUGCCGAUUAUCAUCUUCCUUAUCAACAACAAAGGUUACACGAUUGAGGUUGAGAUCCAUGAUGGACUGUACAACCGCAUCAAGAAUUGGGACUACGCAGCAUUGGUACAGGCUUUCAAUUCUACGGAUGGAAAUGCGGCGAGUUGUCGGGUGGAGACGGGAGGCGAGUUGGCGAGUGCGAUUGAGAUGGCCAAGGGUCAUAAGGAUGGGCCGACGUUGAUUGAGUGUGUGAUUCACCAGGAUGAUUGUAGUCGGGAGUUGAUCACUUGGGGGCAUUACGUUGCAGCGGCUAAUGCAAGACCGCCGGUGCAGAUGUGAUGAGUUGGGAUGUUUGGAAGAGUCACUAUCAUCUAAUGUAAUCAUUUCUCUAGAAUCUUGCCGAGUUCUCUGUCCAUAAGUAGAAGUAAGGGUUUGAUUAUGUAGCACUCAGAUCCGCAAUCGGCGUCCCGAUCUCCUGAAGCUGACUUAAC